GUCUAGUCGCUCCACGCAUCAGGGUGGGCUGGGGCCAGGCAGGCCAUGGGAGGCAUACAUACGGGAAAACACGGUGGUGGGCCGGCCCGACUAGGGCUCCCCGGAUCGGAUCAAUCACUGCACACUUGACUCACUCAUUGACGGGAAAUGACACACCCAUCCAUCCAUCGAUUUACACAUUGUGCGUGUACUCCAUUAGUCUGUGUAUGCGUCCGCGAGUGCCUUGAACCACACCGACACCGCAUAGGCACCAGGGUCGGCAGUGCCCUGCCAUCCACCACACACAGGCAUACACACACGUACACACACACACACACACACAUGACUCUUGUUGGGUGCACUGCAAUGUCUGCCUCUGUGUGAGGUGAGCGACGGACCUUCAUUUGUUCGGCUGGGAUGUACGACGCGCGGCCCUUGACGGCAUCCAUCGUCUGCAUGAAUCAACACACGCACACAUCCGUACUCCUGGCCAUAUGUUGAUCUGUGGGUGUCAUGAUCACCUUGGUUGCCUCGGCCCCCUCCUGUGCUGCCUUUGCCGCCGCCUCAAGAGCAGCCUUGGGCCCCUUCCCAGCCGCCUGCGUCGUGCAAGCAAUGCACGGACAACGUGUCGCGUCCGCGGCGUGUCGUGUGGUGUUCGUGCACCUGUGCGAGCGCGUCGCAUGCUGGCGUGAGAGCGUCGAUCAUCGUCCGCAUGCCCGGCUGCGCGCCACCAAUCUCACACAGCCUGCGUGGGUGACACGAACACAUACAUACAUAGAUAUUUCAGACAUGUAGCUGCCGGUCUGUGGGUGCAUGUAUGUCCGUCGUUGGUCGCUCACUUGUCGAUUCCCUCCUUGACAGCCAUGCCGAUGGCGCGAAUGCCCUGGGGAGGCGAUUUCUCGUCUUCCAAUCGCUGAAGACACACAUACAUCGAUGCAUUGACGGAUGCACACGCGUGUGUGUGUGUGUGUGUUGGUGUGUCACCUUGAGUGCGGCAGCAGUGGCGGUGAAAAGAAUGUUAUAAAGCGCACCCGAGCUGCCCUCCGCCCCUUCGUUGAUGUACCGCCCCACCGUCUGACACACACAAGACCACCCUGUCUGGACCACCUGCUUGUCUGCCCACCACACCAUACAAUACCGCGAAGAGUGGCGCGCUGACUCCCGUCUUAGUGUCGGGUGUGUGCAGAGGAAUGUCCUCCUUCUCCAGGUGCCGCAGCACCGACUCGGCCGCCCUCUUGAGGCCCGUCCCGCAGUCGCCAUCGCCACAAAUCGUGUCCAUACGGGUGAUCUCGGGCUCAGCUGACACAAUCGACGAGCACGCCGCCUUGACCAGCAACCUAACACACACAAGACCAUCACACACACACACACACAGCUGGCCUGCCCCCUGCGCUUGGGGAUUGGUUGUGUCCGACAGCUCUCUCACCCACCCCGGUAGUUUGGUUUUAGCGUCGUCUUUGUCCCACACGACGGUCUCUUCCUUGGCGUACUCUUCGUGUGGGGCCAUCUCGACUGCCUGUGAGGUGUCCACCUUGACGACGGGCGGCAGGCCGGCCGUCGUGGGGGCGUCCAGCAGUGACUCCCUGCAGACAGAUAGAUAGACAGGCAGACACACACAGAUGGGUGGAGGGGUGUCUGGGCGUUUUCGCUAUCUCCUGGAGUGUGUGGCUGUGGUUGCCUUUCGUCAUCGAGCAGCAGGACGGUCAGGGACGCCCCCGGCAUGUUGAGAGAGGUCAUCAGCGGACCUGGACAGACAGACAGGUGAGUCGAUCCCAUCUCACACACAUCCCACACAAUAAAAUGUGUGUGACGUCAGUCAGCCUACCGACCGGUGAUGGUUCGUGUGACUUUUAGGUGGUACUUCUGCUCGACGAUCUUGACGGCCACACCAGCCAGGAGACUCAACUCCAUCGGGAUGCUCGCACCUGGAAAGACGCAUCCACGCAGAACAGUCAGUCGCAACUUUUUUUUUUCAAUUUUGUCUCAGAAGGACGAUCCGAUCUCACCGAGGCUGUUGAUGAGCAGCGCCGCCUUCUGCCCCCUCUGUCUGUGAGAAAGGUACCCGAAGUCAUUGUCGUCAUUGAAGACCGCCUGUAGCAGCGUCUCGGCGAUCUUUGUGACGUCGACGUGGUCGCCCUUGCUGCCCGCCGCACAUGGGCACGCCGCACGGUCCACCUUCUUGGCGCCCGGCUCGCCGUGGAUGCCCAUGCCCUGCCAUAGCAUAGCAGCCAUGACACCAUACUUAAGAGCAUUCAGGUGACACAUCACAUCCACCCCUGCAGGUAGGGUAGGUAGACUCCUUGCACUGUACCAGUUCCAUCAUGUGUCCCUCCAGCCGCUUCUUGAACUCGUCGCUCAUCGCUGUGCCAGGAAUCUGGACGCACAAACACACACACACACAUAUGGAUCAGAUUUGUGUCAUCCUCUGUGUUGUGUGUCUGUGCUGUGAUUGUGUGUAUGGUUGUCGUACGAGGACGGGCGAGAAGCUGACGGCCAUCGUGGCCAUGUUGUCGGUAACCGCCUCUGCCACACGCUUCACAUCAGACAGAGAGUGACCUGACAGAUGCGGGCACACAGAACACAACACACAGACGAUGAGAUGGUAUGGUGUGUUCUACUAUGUUUGCGUGUGCGUGUUGGUGCAGGUGCAGGUGCACACCUCUUGCUGCUGCCGCCCCCGCAAUCUUGUGUACGAGCACCGUGCCUGCGACGCCGCGACGACCCAUAGCUGACCUGCACAGUCACACACACGCACAGACACACAGACACGUACGUGGGUCUGUACAGAGAGAUCCAUGUGCGGUCCCUCCCACCUUUUGAGAGCGGCGUCAUCGCCCACGAUGACCAUGUCGACAUUCUUGCCGAACUGGAACUUGGCCUGCUGCACUGCCAGCCCGAAGUUGAGCCGGUCGCCCGUGUAGUUCUUGACGAUCACUAGGCAGCCCGCAUCGCCCGUCACCGUCAAUAUGCCUAAUGACAGAUGGAUGCAACCAAGAUAGAUAGAUGGGACGGAGGGAUGCGCUUCACUGGUCGGUCGGUCGGUCGGUCGGUGGUCGUACCCUGCAGGACGGCUGAUGUGGAUGGCGAUGCGAAGACGUUGCCGGCCACUGCGCCGGUCAGCAUGCCCUCGCCGAUGUAGCCCGCGUGUGCCUGACAUCACAGCACACACCCCCACAGGCAAAUCCACUUCCAUGUCCAUCCAAUUGCAGAUGGCUGCUCGACUCUGUCUGAAUGCGAUGCGUCCGUGUAUCUGAGUUUUGCUGACCGGUUCGUGACCAGAUCCGCCCCCCGAGAUCAGCGCGACACGCUUAGACCUGCAACAUGGCACACCACCCCCGGACAGGGCACACAUCACUCAUCCCUCCCUUGUCGUCUGGUGCGCUGCCUGACUGAUACACUGACUUUUUGUGAUCCUCAUAGUCGGCCCUGACGGCGACCUUGAUCUCGGGGACGACCUUGACGGCCGGCAGACAGUACGGCAGACCUCGAACCAUCUCUGCAGCCAAACACAACACGACAGGCGUGGCGGCACAUGCUGCAGAUCAAUGCUGCAGCGGUGCUGGGCAGCAUCUUCUCAUGGUCAACGCGUGUACCAGUGGCGAUGGUUGCUGGGUCACUGCUGCUGAUGCUCACACUCGACAUGACGACCGACGGCUGAUGGAUGGACGGACCGAUGGAUGGAAUGCGCACAGUUGGAGAUCACAGCGUGGCUCAAGUUGCAAGUAGAAGUGUGAGGAAGGCGAAUCGGAGCAUUCAGAGACAGUUCUGUU